UUGAGAAUGCAGCGAGAGACAGGCAUUGAGAAUGCAGCGAGAGACAGGCAUUGAGAAUGCAGCGAGAGACAGGCGGUGAGAAAGACACAGGCAGUGAGAGACAAGAGGUGAGCGAGACAUGCAGUGACUCACUGCCUAUCUCUCUCGUCGCCUCUCUCUGUCUCUCUCACCGCCUCUGCGUGAGACAGGCGAUGAGAGAGAGGCGACGAGAGAGGCGGAGAGAUAGACUCAGGCAGUGAGAGAGACAGGCGGUGAGACGCAGUAAGAGAGAGAGAGUGGAGAUCAGAAAGACAACCAAUGAGAGAGAGGUGAAUUCCACUAAUUCUGGGCCACACAUUUCCACAUAAAACCCUUAUAACAGAUAAUACAUAAUCUCGGCGCGUUGCCACAGACAAUUACUCUCCACAUCUCCUUAGUGUUACGAGAGAAGAAGGCUAAUAUUCAGAGGUUCAAUGGCAACGCGAAGCGUCCCUCUAAGACACUGCGUCCUGCGUGCGCUACGUGGCCAUAACCGGGGUCCCAAGAUGCACCGCGCAAAUCCGGUAGCUUUGAUUGGUUGUAGUGUUAAACCCGGAAGUAAGCGUGUGGGAGCACUGUUGCGGAGAAAUGGCAACAGGCAGCGAUCGAUUAGCGGGGGCGGGGCUGGUGGUUUUGAGCUCGAUCAUCUUCGCGUAUUACACGGUGUGGGUCAUUUUGCUGGGAUCUUUGUGACUUUCAUCAUGUGGAAGAGCCGGAGCCCAAAAAAGAAAUCCGAGUGAUGCCGCAGAAUGUCACACUUAAGACUUUGAUAGAGUCCGGGGCCACGUGAGAUACUUGUUGUGUCAGCAACGGGACAUCCAUCUGUUUCGAUUUGUUUAUGGGACAUUUUACAGGCCGAGUCAUCCAGAACUAAUAAAACCGAACAGAUAACGGUUUUCGAGUGUUUAAAAGUCCUUGUCAAGACAACGCUACCACAGAGUGGUCAAAUUCCAGCCGUGCAGAUAUUUUGGUGGCUUUCUAACGAAGCUGUUGUGCUGUCUUUGUCUGCCGGAAUUAUACUGAGACCUGUAACAGCAAUUACUCCUAAGAAGAACAUCGGGCAUGUUUUUUUAUUUUGUUUUUUUCCGUUUUCAGUGAGGAAUGAGGAAUCGCACAGGGGUGCAGAAAUCCUGCCAAGAACUUUUGACCAAAUUACCUUUCCUGAUAUUCGGCUUUUUAUAAUGAGCUUAAUUACUUGCAGCAAAUUCUUUGAGGGGUUUGGACAGCAAUGUCUUUAUUCUUUAUAAACUGGAGGAAUAAAAGCAGAAUGCAGGAAAA